UAAGGAUUGAAUUUAUGUUUUAAGUAGAGUUAUUUCUAUUAACUUCUCUCAUGACCCACUUUAGUAUUUGUCAAAAUUGUCAAAUUAUCCCAAAUUAUACUUGCGUAUUUCUAAGAGAAUCCAAGUAAUAUGUCUGAAGCAGAAGUAAAGAAAGGAAGGGGUCGGCCAGCUGAUGUUGAUGAGAGUGGGGUUACUGGUGAACCAGAAGUCAAAAGAGGACGUGGAAGACCUAAAGGCAGCACAAAGGCAGCUAAAAAAUCUGCAAAAGCAGUCACAAAUGGAGCUCCACGAGGCCGAGGAAGACCUCCUAAGUCUGCUCCAGCAGCAGAACCAGUUCCAGAAGAUGAUGAUGUCCAAGAAGAAGAAGAAGUUGAAGCAGCAGAAGAGGUGCCGGAAGAGGAAGUUGAAGCUCCCCCAAAGAAAGGCAGAGGUAGACCCAAGGGCACUACAAAGGCAGCUAAAAAGGCAGCAUCAGGACGGGGUAGAGGCAGACCAAAGAAGAACCCAGAGCCAGUAGAAGCUGAAGAUGUCUCUGAGGAUGCUGAAGAUGCAGAAGAUGAUACUCAAUAGACUAUCACCCUAGUAACG